AUGAGUCGUUCAACAUCUUCAACUAAAGCUACUAAAGAAAUGGUUGCCUAUUGUUUCGAUUCUUUAAUAUUCCAUUUCGAAAAUAAACCAAUUUAUAAACCAAAAUUUUCAAAUGAAUCAUCACCAUUAUUUGUAACAUGGAAAAUAGAUAAUAAAAAUUAUGAUGAACCAAUUUUAAGAGGGUGUAUAGGUACAUUUGCAGAGAAGAAUUUAGUUGAAGGAUUACAUAAAUUUGCAUUAACUAGUGCAUUAAAGGAUUCAAGAUUCUCUGCUAUCACAAAAAAAGAAUUAACAAAGUUACAUUGUGCCGUAUCAUUGUUGGUAAAAUUUGAAACUGUAGAUUCAGUUUGGGAUUGGGAAAUUGGAACCCAUGGAAUUUGGAUAGAAUUUACUGAUCCAAAUACAAAUCAAUCUUCAAAUUCAACUUAUUUACCAGAUGUAAUACCAGAACAAGAGUGGACAAAAGAAGAGGCAAUAAGAUCAUUAAUUAAAAAGGCUGGUUACAAUGGAAAAGUUGAUGAUAAUUUCUUUUCCCUAAUUAAAUUAACUCGUUAUCAAUCUUCAAAAGAUUCAUUAUCAUAUUCUGAAUUUUUAGAAUAUAAAAAAGCUACAUCAUUAUAA